AUGGUCAAGAUUGAAGAAGAACCGGAGAGAACAAACCCUUAUAAUCCUCAGCAUCAAAAUUCUAUCACAAACCCUUUUGAUGUCUCCUUCUCCCAGCUCUUGUUAGAUCCUAAUUACUACUUAGGAUCAGGAGGAGGAGCAGAAGGGGAUUUUGCUAUCAUGAGUAGCAGCACAAAUUCUCCAUUACCAAACACAAGUGGUGAUCAAAAUGAACAUCAGCAGCAAGAGAUUCUUCAAUGGUUUGGGAGUAGUAAUCUUCAGACAGAAGCAAGCAGUGAUAUGUUCUUAAACAACAUAGGGAAUCUUGAGACCAACGAGGACACAAGAUUCUACUCAUCAUUAGCCGGUGUUGGAGCGGCUUUGGCCGGAGGAACGACGAGUACAUCGGCAGAUCAAAGCACAAUAAGUUGGGAGGACAUAACAUCUCUUGUUAAUUCCGAAGAUGCAAGUUACUUCAAUGGGCCAAAUUAA